GUCCACAAAGGGGCCUACCCUGCCUCAAUAGAAACACAGGGACAACGGGGCGCCUGGCUUGUGCAGUUGGGAGUGUGCGACUCUUGAUCUCAGGGUCGUGGGUUCGAAUCUCACAUUGGGUGUAGAGAUUACUAAAAAUAAACACACACAAACCCACAGUGACACUGCUGUAGGGGGACCCUGGGUUCCACCCAGGGGGAGAACCAGGUGUUUCAACAGACACUACAAAAGCAGAUGAAAAGGAAGACAAAGAAGCCCAACAGAGAUGGUCUUUCUCCUAAGUAGGGGCACCCUAGCCUCAGAUAGACACAGCAAAAAGGGCUCUGGGAGGCUGAAAAACAAGGUAGGAUGGGCACAAGGCAGGAGAGAAUGGGGAGGGACCAGCCCUGGCACCCGUGGGCGUGGCUCUGCCCUUCCCACCUCCGAGCCAUGGGGAGCCAGGGUCCUGGUGGACCGCCCCGGGUCCGGGCUCCCUACACGGUUCUGCUGCUGCCUCUGGGAACAAGCUGCCGAGACCCAGGGGCCCGGAGCUUUUUCCUCUGGCUGCAGAGGAUGCAGGCUCUGGAGAGGGAGCAGGACGCCCUGUGGCAGGGGCUGGAGCUGCUGGAGCAUGGCCAGGCCUGGUUUGAGGGCCGUCUGAGGGAGGCCCAGCACCAACAGCUGCAUCUAGGGGCCCUCGGUGAGGUACGGAGCUGCUGUGCCGUGUGGGGGAGCAGGGACAUGGGGGCAGAGCCUGACACCACCCUGGAAAGGCAAGAGUUAACAGGCAGGGAUCAUGAACUGGAAGCAGCUGAUGACUGGAUGCCACCAAGUGUUAGGUUGGUGUUCAUUGUUGGGAUUGGAGGAGGCUGGCCUGCAUUCCAUUCAGAGGGACAUGGUCUGGAUCACUCCACUGAGAUGGGGGAGUGGCCUGGAUUAUUUCAGUGGGGCAGGACUAGACAGGGAGGAUCCGUAAGGAAUAAGGAAAGGGGUACUGUGCUAUUUGCGGGGGGAUGGAGGAACUGGAUUGUUAAAGAGAUGGGAGUGGAGAGUAUUGGGUUUUUCUACCUGCCUUGAGGGCUACUGAGAUGAGGGGAUCCAGAUGGAGAAGAUGUAUGGCCUGUGGUGACAGAAAGAGUGGCAGAUGGACCGCAAGUUUUCACCACCAACUCCUCCUUUAGAAUUUUCUAACAGAUUUACACUCAGAGCCUCGUGGCCCCCAGUUAGCCCAGAUUCAAAGGGUGAA